AUGGUGCAGUCCUGCAACUACUCAAAAUGGUUUUACCUCUGUUUAGUUGUGUCUCUAACUUUAAGCAGUUUAUGUUUAUGCGCACAAAGCAGAUUGCAUGUGAAUGACUAUGAAGAGGGAUAUUUUCUUGAUCUAGAUAGUAAUGAGGGAGGCCCUAAGAAAAGUAGUGACCCGAAAAUGGAUGUCAAGGAAUCAGAACCACUCACGAACAGCAAGAUAGAUCUCGAUGAACCCGACCCAGAUGAUAUGAUGAGCUACAGCGAUGAACUACCAAGUCAUUUAACACCAGCAAUUCGCAGAGCAAAACCAUCGUCAGAAUCGUUAACGGUACAACCAUCAGAUUCAGAUGAACUGAAGAGCAACACCGAUGAACUAGCAAGUCAUCUAACACCAGCCAUUCACGGAGCAACGCCAUCAUCAGAAUCGUUAAUGGUACAACCAUCAGAUUCAGAUGAAUUGUCUGAUGAACUAGUAAGUCACAUAACACCAGCCAUUCACGGAGCAUCACCGUCAUCAGAAUCUUUAUUGAUACAACCAUCAGAUUCGUCAUCACCGUCACCGUCACAGUCACCAUUAUCUAAUUCAAAAGUUGUGAUUAACAAACAUGAGAGCUCACCGGCGUCCGGAAGUGAUGAUGUAAACAGGCUUUUUAAUGGGCUAGUCGGCGGGAGUGGGGGAGGUGGUGGAUAUGGGUCGGGUAAUGGUGGAGGUUAUGGGUAUGGCUCCGGAGGAGGAGGUUUUGGGAUGCCAGGACGCGGGAAUCUUCCUAGGAAUGGCGGAGGAGGUUACGGGUAUGGUUCAGGAGGAGAUGGUGGAUCAGGAUACGGAAGAGGAGGUGGUUAUGGAAUGGGAAAUGGUGGUAAUGGGUGGGGAGGUGGUUCUGGUUAUGGAUAUGGUUCAGGACAAGGUGGGAGCGGAUAUGGCUCUGGAGGUGGCGGGGGCAAUGGUGGGGGUUAUGGCUAUGGCUCUGGUGGUGGAGGUGGCGGUAAUGGCUAUGGUUCAGGUGGCGGUGGUGGUAGAGGAGGCCCUGGUAUUAUUGAUGAAUCACCUGCUGGCAGUGGCAGCAGUAGUCAUGGGUCAUGGCUAUUGAUGCCAAACAUCUGUAAGAUGUUUUGCAACUAG